AGUAUAACAAUGCCAUGUAAGAAAAAGUCUGGUUACUGAUUACCACAACUGAUUUCUUAUAAUUUUUAUUACUUGGUUCAAUUGAAUUGUUUUUAUAAUUUAAUUUUCAAAAUCUACUGCAACAAAAAAUUUCCCCAAAAAUACAAAAAAGUAUAAUCUUUCUCCAGCAUUAUUGUAAAGUGUUUCCAAACUUGUAGUAAACAUUAUUAGUCAGUCAAAUGAAUGCAUUAUGUGAACAAGAAGGAUAACGAAAUCUCGAACAUAAAGAAAAAUGAAAUAAAAGUGAAAUUAGUAAAAAAACAUAAACGAAAGAUAAAAUAUUUAAUUAAAAAUAACAGCAGAAUAACCACCAAACAACAACCCAUCCAAAAGGGUCGGGGAGUAAUUUAACAACAAAAAAAAAAAAAAAAAAAAAUCAAAGUAGACCAACAUACAUAUUGGUAUUAAAAAAACCAAUGAAAUGGCAUUAACUAAACGUAUAAAAUGCUUCAAAUAUAUGGUUUACUGUUAUAUUAUCCUAUUAGCGGUAACGGGAUGUACUCAAAUAUUCUUGGGAACAUCUCUAUUGUGGGGCCAUUCGGGACACUAUGGAGUAGUGCAAAAUAGGUUAUGGGCACCAGCAGCUUUACUAUUGUGCUUAGGUCCUGGCACAUUUAUUUUGUGCUGGAUAGGAUGUCAGGCUACCAACCAAAAGAAACGUUGUCUUUUGGGUAUGUUUGCUACUUUCCUGGUGAUUAACAUCUUAAUACAGUUCUUAUUGUGCGGCUGGUCAUUAGCCAUGCGAGAACAUUUGCCAUCAUCUGUAGAGAUUUAUAUAGAUGACUCUUUCGUCGAGUUCUUGGAUAAAUUCUCCAGGACCAAGGUUGAUAACCAACAUUUGUGGAAUAGAAUGCAAUCACAGUUGCAAUGCUGUGGUGUAGAUGGACCAUUGGAUUAUCGCCGUUUGUCCUUGCCAUGGUCUUGCUGUUCCAGGCCAGAACACGCAUACGAAUCAGCUUGUGAUACGCACUACAAAAGGGGUUGUUUGGCUGUAGUCUCAGAACAAAUAAAAUACUCACUGUUAAUAACAGCAUUCGGAGCUGCCAUCAUUGCCAUUUUACAGAGCCUUGGUCUGUUUUGUGUUGUUCAUCUGGCAAUUUUAUAUGGAAAACACGAAAACGGUUACGAAAACAAUAAGCUGAGCAAGAAACGUCAGCAACAAUUUCUACCACUUUCCAUUCAGGAUAAACGCCAGGACAUACCUUCACCUUUAAGUUUGUCACCAACAGCACCAGGCCAUCGUGUGCUAAAAACCUCCGUUCCCGGUGGUAAAAAAUGACAGACGAUUAGCUUUUAAGUGUUCAAUUGAAUUAAAAUUAAAAACAAAGAAAAUUAUAAAAAGAAGUUUUAGAUUACUAUUCGUAAUAAUAUCUACACUACCUAAUACUAAAAAACAAAAGAAAAAAUACUAUUCUACUAAUUUGAGAUGGAAAAUAAUAAAUGUGGCCCUCAAUUUAUGUUGUUGUUAUUUUGUCAUGUUCAAUGUACAAACAAAAUUCAAUUAAAAAAAAUUAAGAAAAUAAAAGAAAUUCUUAGAAUUAGACAUUUCAGUCAAAAAUCUAUCUAAAUUUAUCUAUAUCUCUAUCUGUUACUCCAUUUGAUAUAUUUAGUUAAUAGUUAUGUAUUUAUAUGUACUAUAUUAUGUAAAAUAUACAUAUAUAGUAUAUAUUUAUGUAAAUGAGUGAUUGUACAAUGUACAUACAUACAUAUGUAUGUAAAGUGUGUAUAUUACUCGUGAAAUGAGUUCAAGGAUAAGGUGUUGACAUGACAUGUACAUUGUACGUACUACAUAAAUACAUAAAUUCAUACAUACAUAAUAUGUACUUGUAUUUAG